AUGCCUGAUUCUCCAAGACCGACUGCUACUGUUGUUCCUGUUAUUGGUCAUCGAGUUGAUCUUUUGGAGACCAGAGAGAGAAGUGUGAUCGUGCAGAAUCUUCCACGUGUUUCAUUCAUCGACGAAUUGAUGCCUUUCUUUGAACCAUAUGGGGUGGAGGAUAUGAAACUUAUCCAUGCUCGUUCUAAUUAUAAUUAUGGUAAUGCUGCUGUUCUUGUAAUGGCAAGCACAGAUAGGGUAAAUGAGGUCAUAACUGCUUCACCCAUCACCAUUCAUGGCAUGAGCGUCACAGUACAUCCAUUUAGCACACAACUUAUUGUCAUGAUUACGGGAAAGGCAAAUGUUGCAAAGACAGAUCCUGCAUUCAGAUUUCGUGCACUUGAUAUCCCACCGGGUUAUCGGAUUGAUCCCUGCCCCUUUCUAAGAGCUUUGCAAAUGUACUUUAGUGGCUUUAACUUAAAGGACAUAAGUCUCCAGAAGGAUGAGAAUGACUAUAAUGGGUUUGUGAAGAGUCAUACGACAAAGAAUAGGGAACAAUUCAACAACGCGAAGGCAAGGGCACAGAAACUGGAAGCAGGUACCGAGAAGUUGCCAACGGCUGAUUUAUUUUUACCUUCUGAAGCGAGCACGUCGACUUCAUAA